CCUGGCCGGAGGAUUUAUUUCAGCGCUGCACGGUUUUCCGGCCUCUUUCGGAUCUCGAGUGGAGAAAGAUGACGAAAGGAACGUCGUCUUUCGGGAAGCGCCGCAAUAAGACUCAUACGCUGUGCCGCCGCUGCGGCUCCAAGGCGUACCACCUGCAGAAGUCCACCUGCGGGAAGUGCGGCUACCCUGCCAAGCGCAAGAGAAAGUACAACUGGAGCGCUAAGGCCAAGAGGCGCAGCACCACUGGAACUGGCCGCAUGAGACACAUGAAGGUUGUGUUCCGCAGAUUCAGGAAUGGAUUCCGUGAGGGAACUGUCCCCAAACCCAGGCGUGCGGCAGUGGCUGCAUCCAGCUCCUCAUAAACGAUGUUUCUAAUAAACAUGUCAACAACA